AUGGCGGCGUCAACUUCGAGCGCCGACGUGAUGGUGGCGCGGCAUCUGCCGGAGUACGUCGACGACCGUGCGGCCGGCUCGUACUUUCCCAACCCGGAUCCUGGUUCGAGCGACCGGUUCAUGACGUGGCAGUAUGUGGUGGAUGUGCUCUCGCACGGCGAUCUGGACCAGCUCUUCCGCGAUCCCGUCUGCGACACUGCCUAUCGCGCCUUUGCCCCCGCGGUGCGUGCCAAGUACGAUGGGCUCGAGAACUACAUCCGCCACGUACGUCUCGGCUGGCCCACGGAAGAACGUACUGGCCCGGCACCACCCAACAUGCUCGACCGCCCACAAAAGGAUCCCACCUCCAUCCUGUCCUCGGGCACAUCGACGCCAUCGGGGUCUGGGGUGCAGACGCCCAAUGGAACGCUGCUGCCGCGCGAGGCGGUCAAAGAGACGUGGCCGGAAAAGGUCUUGCCGCAUCCGAACCGAGCGGGCACUGUGCUGCGCCACUUUGUCGCCGAUGCUGAAUCGGACACCGAGUCGAGUCUCGUCAAGACCAUCCCCAACGACUGGCCGUACGGCAUCCCUGCGGGCUCGUCGCAUUGGGUCGUGUGGUCGAAACUGCCCAUCUUGCAUCCCUCGCUCUUCACCACGGACGACUCGCCGUUCGACGCGGCGCUGAGAGACGAGCUGUACGACUGCGUCACGGGCGACGGCAUCCGCGGUUUCACGGGCUUUGUACCCACCACCCCGACGAACCCCACAUACACGUGGAGGGAGAUGCAGAUUCCCGAGGUGCUCGGGUCGCACUCACAGGCCAAGCUGCACAAUCAGGCACCGGGCGGGAGGCUGUCGAAAGAGCUCGUGAGCCAAGCUCAUGCAUGGGCGUCCAGACAUGUGACGCAGUACAUCGAGGCCAAGUGGCCACCAUCGCGUUUCCAGACCGCGUGGUUCUGCAACCCGCCGAGCUUGCGCACCGUCCCCGGCCUCAGCCAUUUCCAUGUGGUCGUCAAGGACCAGCCAGGCACAGCAUAG